AUGGCGGGACUCGUCGUAUAUGCGGCCAUUGUCGCUACUAUCGCCAUCUCCAUUCGUCUCUUCUAUCUUCGACUCUUACCUAGGCCAAUCGCUGGUGGACCGCCGUUCAACCUCGAUUCUGCUAAGCGAAUCCUGGGAGAUGCACCGUACUUCAUCGAACUCGACAAUGCGGGGGAAUACUGGCUCAAGUUCUUCACGCAGCUGCUCUCUAAGCACAACACCCCCGUUGCUCAAUUCUUCCCUGGACCUCUCGAUAGGACGCACAUCGUCAUUGCAGAUUACCGUGAGGCCCGCGACUUGAUGUCGAAGCGGGGCAAAGAUCUCGGCCGUGGAGUUAGCAACGACAUCACCUGGAAUAGUGUGAUUCCUGGGCACUUCAUCGCCAUGGAAGAUUCGCAUCCUUCUUUCAAGGACACCAAGUUCCUGACUAAAGAUCUCAUGACACCAAGCUUCUUACAUGGGGUAUCUGCACCAGCAUCACAUAAAAUGGUUCACAAAUUCAUAGAGCUCUGGAAAACCAAAGCCGCCAUCGCUCAUGGACGGCCUUUUGAAGCCGACGGCGAUCUCGAGGCUUUUACCUACGACAUCAUGAACGCUGCUGCUUUUGGCACCUCUGUGGAAGAUAGCUACACACAUGAGAGACUCUUGCUGCUUCCCUCACCAAAUGGAUCCGAAUCGCCCAAGUCUGACGUCUCACAACUUGCAGAGUUCUCGAAACCCUUUCCACCACCGCUUCUAUUCGCCCUAAAUACUCUGAACGAAAGAAUCAACGGUGCCUUCCGCGCACUCAUCCCCAAGCUCUUCUUUCUCUACGACAACAAUCGACCGACUAUCCGCCGGGCAUUUGGCUUGAAGAAAAGCAUUCUCCAGUCUCAUAUUGACCGCGCCGUCGAGAAAUUGUCCUGCAGUGAUAGCUUAAAGGAGGAGUUCGCCUCGGCAGUGGACUACAUCGUCUCGCGUGAAAUUUCAGCAGCCAAAGCCGCAGACCGAGAGCCAGUCUUUGACUCGGCAAGGAUACACGACAUGAUUUGGGGCUACCUCGUUGGCGGCCAGGAUUCUACACACAGCACGCUCUGCUUCACGGUCAAAUACCUGGGUAUCCAUCAGGACAUUCAGUCCAAGUUGCGAGAAGCGCUGCGGCUGGCAUACCCAGAUGCAGCUUCAGAGAAGCGACAGCCUACAAUUGACGAGAUCACCAAGACUCACGUACACUACCUCGACGCAUUCAUCGAAGAGACUCUGCGUCUGAGCAGUCCCGCUGGAGCCAUCAUGAAGGAGACGCUCGUAGACAUGGACAUAUUUGGGUACCGCAUACCCAAGGGAACGCCUCUCGUCCUUCUCUUGGCGGGGCCAACGGUCUCAGAAGCAGGUGUCAAAAUCGACGAGGCGAAGCGGAGUGAAACAUCACAAAAGGUCGCCAACGAGGGCGUCGGAGAUUGGGCGCUGACCGAAUAUCCUCCCGAAGAACUUCACCCAGAACGCUGGUUGCAGCCCGACGAGAAGGGCGAAAUAGUGUUCAACAACAAAGCUGGCCCGUUUAUGAGUUUUAGUUACGGCCCUCGGGGAUGCUGGGGUAAAAGACUGGCGUACAUGGAGUUGAAACUGAUCAUUACGCUGUUGAUUUGGAACCUGGAGUUUAUGGGGUUGCCUGCUGAGUUGGAGGAUGAUGCACUCCUUGAAGGAAUAUUCACCAAGCCGAAGUCGUGUCUUGUAAAGUUGAGGAGUUGA